AUCUCAACUACACCCCUUAUUCCCUCUCAAACCAGCUCCCACUCCUUCUUUCUAAACCUCCACCGAGUCCGCUUCUUCCCUUAGCCGCCCGACUCUCUUUCCACCCUCCCAGACCCCCUCUCUCUCAUCCACUCUCUCAAAAAGAAGUAGAACCACAAAACCAAAUAAUGAAACUCCUCACCCUCAACUUCCUCACCUGCGCCCGCAAAGCCUGCAAAUCCACCACCCUCGCCUUCCCCCUGCGGCCCAAGGACGCCGAGCUCGAGAUCGUAGAGGCAGACCUCGAGCCGCUGUUUAUCCGGAACAUACUGCCGCGCGUGGAGUGGGAGGCGCUGCGGACGUUAUGUCAGGACCUGGGCUUGCCGCAAUUACCACCCGCCGCGCCCGAACCCGCCGCGCUCUUCGCGCCGAAUCCGUCGGACCCGUCGAUCCCCUCAGAUAAGCUAGUGCGUCCAGGGAAGGAGGGCGAGGGCGAGGGCGAGGGCGAGGGCGAGGGCGAGGAGGGCGCGCCGACACAGACGCUCAAGGACCUGCAUCAUGUGCUGCUGGAGACGACGAUCCGGGAGGGGAAGCUGGUGUGUGGGAACUGCGGGCACGCGUAUGCGGUGAAAGAGGGGAUCGCGAAUUUUUUGCUGCCGAGUCAUUUGGUGUGAGCGGGGGUGUAUGAGAUGAAAAGGAUUGAAAAGGUAUUCUAGGGAGAGUAGGAUGUGGGGAAGAUGGGACAUGGGAGGAAGCAUGGGGGGCUCACGAGUGGAAAAUGAUACCAUUUGAGGGCAAUGGGGGUUUGGGUGGGAAGAAGAGAUGGAAGCCCGAUGAGCGUGUCCCGCGAACAAGUUUAGGAGGGGCAAGAUACCCAGGCUUCAUGAAAGUCACUGUAGAUAGGGUCAAUUGGGGGUUUCGGGAGGAAGUACUCCUAUAUUGGUAUCUAGAUAUCACACCUCAAAAUCAAACAUGUCCAC